AUGGCCGCCCGCAAGCUCCAACAGGAGAUCGAUAAAUGCUUCAAGAAGGUCGCCGAGGGUGUGGCGACCUUCGAGAGCAUAUACGAGAAGAUUAUGCAGACGGGGAACCCUUCACAGAAAGAAAAGCUGGAAGACCAGCUGAAGAAGGAGAUCAAGAAGCUGCAACGGUCGCGAGACCAGAUCAAGACAUGGGCCGCCAUGAGCGAGAUCAAGGACAAGAAGCCGCUAUUGGACCACAGGAAGCUCAUUGAGACACCUACUGACCACGUGCAGCAAAUGGAGCGCUUCAAGGCCGUCGAGAAGGAGAUGAAGACAAAGGCAUACUCUAAAGAGGGGCUGCAAUUGGCGUCCAAGAUCGACCCGAAAGACAAGGAGAGAAUGGAGGUGGUCGAGUUCCUGCAGCACAUGAAUGAAGAGCUGGAGCGGCAGAUAGAGACACUCGAGGCUGAGGCGGAAACCAUGCAAGUUGUGGGGAAAAAGAGCAAGAAGGCGGACGCAUCCAAGGCCGAGCGAAUAGCGGAAAUGGAAGAAACAGUGGAGCGACAUAGAUGGCACCAAACCAAAUUGGAGUUGCUACAACGAGCGCUGGAGAAUAGCAGUAUCGACACCGAGCAGGUCAAAGAGAUCGAGGAGAGCAUCAAGUACUACGUCGAGGAAAACCAAAGUCCAGACUUCAUGGACGAUGACACAAUAUACGACGAACUCAAUCUGCAAGAAGAGGAGGUCAUUUUUGGCAUGGGUGGAGAGAUGGAUCGCGUGUCAUCGCAAGACACUCAGUCGAUACAAGACGAAACGCCCGAGCUCGAAGGCAAGCCGUCAGCGCCCGAAACCCAAGGUCGCAGAACCGACGCAGUCAGGCGCGCGAAGACCGUCGACGCAGCUCAAGUCUCCAUUACCGGCGUUGGCGACAUUGCAUACGCCAUUACCUGGUACAUCGAGCUCAGCAAACACUAUGCCUCGGCGGCCGCGGCGGCAGCCGCAAGUGACAAGAAUGGAGUGGGCAUUGCUCCUCUGCCACCACCACCGGGAGGAUCCGCAGCACCGUCAGGCCUAGCUCCAGCCGGCGCACGGGCAAGCGCAUCCACAUCGCCAGCGACCACACAUCCGAAGUUGGCACAAACGUCAAGUGAACAAGUACAGCCAGCACAGGCCAGAUCUCCCGCUGCAACACCAAGCCAUCCUGUCACUGCAGCUGUCGAAAAGGAAGCGUUAUCACGUGCGGCAUCAGCUGAAGAUGCUGUUAAGGCAAGCAGGAGGACGCCGGCCCCCGAGCGCUUAGAGGAGGAGGGUUCACAAGCUGCCACACCACCGUUGACGAACGGUGAUUCACAUGCAGAGGACGAGGAAGAGGAGUCGGUGUACCACCUGCCCUCCAGCUUGCAAGAUCUACUCGAUUCUUUUGAGGCAACGAAGAACGAAAUCAACGCUUCCGUUUCGAAGCCGCCUGACGAGCGCAUGCUAGCCUCUUCCAUGGCCACCGCACCCGACUCGGCGGAUACAGAAGCCCCACGCCACUAUCAGCCACAAAAUCCCUACCCGUUCACGCCCGCGCACUACCCGCAGGAGCCACUGCCCAUAUUCGAUGACCCACGACUGUACCAACGGAUAGAAACGGACGCGCUGUUCUAUGCCUUCUACUACCAACAAGGCUCCUUUCAGCAAUAUCUUGCGGCCAAAGCGCUGAAGUCUCAGAGCUGGAGAUUCCACAAGCAGUACCAAACAUGGUUCCAACGGCAUGAAGAGCCAAAGGCAAUCACCGAGGAUUAUGAGCAGGGGACCUACAGGUUCUUCGACUACGAGAGCACAUGGUAA